ACAUUUUGCGAAGAGUGGAGGAAUCACAGAGGCUUCUAGUGUGGGAAUUGAACUCGGUUCUGGGGAGAGUGAAACAAAACAGAAUAAAAAUUUAACAGAGCCUCAAGUGAAUGAGAUUUUAGUGGAGUAUGAAGCAAAUGAUACUUGCAGGACGUCUCUCUGGAGGAUGUAAUUUGUAUCUUCGCUGUAGAGUCCUUAUUACAGGCGCACGGUGUUCUAUUCCACGCCUGGGGGUAUGACCGUGGUGGGUACAUUCGUGGAACACUAGUCUGCACCAGACUGCCUGAUGUACAACAUGCGGCAAGCGUACUGUACUUUGUUAAAAGCGUAGCCUAAGAUUAGAAGAUUCAGGGAGAUAAACAUAGCUCUUGUAUGCGAUCCACAAAACUAAAUUUUGAAAUGGUUAACUGCUUCUUGCAGUUACAGUGGUUGACUUAAUAUCGUCAUCAUAUUCAUCACCCCUGCAGUAUAUUUCUGGGGUAAUAAACAAUUUUGUCCACUAGAUAAAUACCUACCUUCGUUUAGGUUUGGUUUUAUGAAAAGGGCUGAUUUUCCUGUUGUGGCACUAUCACCAAGAUUGCGAUUAUCCAGGGAUGCGCUUUGAGCUGUUACUGUUUUAGAGGCGCUGUUUGGCUGUUAUUGAAAAUCUUCUUACGGAAGAGUAACUGAAUCAGAAGCUCCGGUUUGUGGAUAACCACGUUUCGGGAGAUUAUUAAAGGGUUUAUUGCUUCUACGGUCCUGUUUGCAGAAUCCAGGAGCGCACACCAGGCACUGCUGAACUUGGGUCUCCUGUUGAAUUAAUUGCUAUUUGUUCUCAAGGGUCAAACCGCUCACGGACGAGUGGACUUCUAGACUAGGGGAUAAAGACAUUUUGUAAGCAUUUCUUACACUGUACGAAUGCUUUAUCUAGAAGGACUGUGGUCUGUCACUUCGCAUGUUUCCUGGGUUCCUGCUGCUGUAUAACCUUUUCUUUUCCAAGGAGUAUUUACAUUUGUGUGCAUCUCCGGAGCUACUUUCUGAGGUAGACCUUUAGAAUGCAUGGAAUUUUGGAUCCGUAUUAAGCGUAGGUCCUGGUUCCGGCUGAACGUCUUUCUGUCUGGUGCAUUUAGUGUGGUUGUUUUAUAACUUGGUUCAAAGAGGCACAUUUGGUGUAUAGAGGACUUCUGACUCCUGCAAACCAAGUUUCUUUUCUAAAUGCUGCUAGCUUUCCCAAGUAGCUGAAACUCUUUAAAUACAGCGAUUUUCUAUACCCUGCCCAAACAUUAACUAGCAUGACAGCGAACUACCUUUUCCUGCAGAUGUGGAGGGGGAACUCGGUACGUUUUAACCCCUCCCCCUGUCCCUCACCUAACCUUGUUUUUAUUCAGAAUACUUGACUAUUAAACCGGCAAGGUUAAGAAUAAAGAGCAAUCUGGCUAGUUUCUGUCCAAUACAGACUACAAGCACUGCUUUUAUUGUUCUGUAUUAGUUGUGUUUCUGUUUAGCUAGCUGCAGGUGUUUUGCACCGUGCAGGUCUAGUACACCCCUGACCUCACGUUUGUUUUAGCUUUUCCAAAGGAGAAGACGGUAGAUCUUGCACUGUAACACUAUUUUAUCUCCUCUUUUUCUCUUUAAGGACAUCUGCAAUGCCAGAAUGGGUCAUUACUGCUUGUGUGUUACUCUUACUUGUUCUCUUCUGGCCAAUUAAGCUUUGCUUUGGAUCCUCUUUUCUUGCUAAUAGGAUUAGGAGGAAAAAAGGCAAGGAAAAGAAAGAAGGUGCUCCCAGUUUGACUCACUCUGACACAAGGCUAAUUUGCAAGCAGUCUGCGCUUGCCAGCUACUUGCUUGAGCACUGUGUUACUUUCACUGACUUCAGCAAACCCGGCUUUUGGCUUUGGAGAAUCUUUCCUUCCUUGCAGACUCUGCUGAACAUGAUCUGCCCUUUGGAAAAUAAGGUUCGGUUCAUCAGGGACCACCUACAGCUUGCUGAUGAAGGUCUAAUUGCCUUGGACUGGGUGGUAGGACCUGGCAGCCACAAGCGGAGGAGGACUGCCAGCAACUCCAGUUCUCCUGUGCUGCUAAUCAUCCCCAAUUCCUUUGGGAAAAUAACCUGGAAUGUGUUAAAGCUCUCUGAGCUGGCCUUGCUUCAUGGCUACCACCCAGUAAUCUUUAGCAGAAGGGGCCAUAAUGGAUGUCCUUUAAACACUCUGAAGCUUCAACGCUUUGGGGAUCCUUCUGAUCUUAGGGAGGCCAUUAAGUACAUUCGAUUCCGGUACCCUGUUGCUAGACUGUUUGCUGUGAGUGAAAGCACAGGGUCAGGUCUUCUUCUUUCCUACCUUGGUGAAUGUGGCUCUUCAAGCUAUGUGACAGCAGCAGCCUGCAUCUCUCCUGUGUUCCGUUGUCAGGAGUGGUUCGACGUGGGAUUACCGUGGCUUUACCACUGGAUCCUCCUUGUCUAUCAGAAGGUGUGCCUCAGCAGGUAUGCCACUGUACUAGGGGAAGUCCUAAACAUGAAUGCAGUCCUUGGAUGUCGGUCUCUUAAAGAGUUAGAGGAGGCCUUGUUCUGCAACACAAAGAAAAAUGCAAUGAGCUGGGAUUCUUACUGGGAAUGGAAUGACCCUUUACGUGAUGUGGAUGAGGUAGCAGUGCCAGUCCUGUGUAUCUGCAGCCAGGAUGAUCCAAUCCGAUCAAACCCUGAAACCACUGUGCCAUUUGAGCUAUUUGAAACCAACCCCCACUUCUUUUUGCUGCUUUCCAAGCAUGGUGGGCAUUGUGGUUUCUUUCAAGACAGUACUGGAUCUACUGCACUCAGAAGCCAUGAAGCAUUACUGGAAUUCUUUCAUUCAACAAGUGACUUCUUCUUGAUGGAGGAAAAAAAUAAAAUCUUAGCAAGGAGGAAAGGUAUGGGUGGAAGUGGGACCUUGGCUAAACUAGCCCGAGGGCAUGGAGUCAAUAUCUGCAAAAGAGAGUCCUUCUGUUCUCACAACAUUCAUGACAUCUAUAAUUGGCAGAGAUCAUAUACCAGGUGAUUUGUAGCCUGACAGGAUCUGUGAGAAACGGCUUGGCAAGACUGUAUCUGAAGUCCAUCCAUGACCUGUAUGUACAUUUCUUUUUGGACACCAUUUUAUUUUCAGACUACAAGUUAAGACAUUGCUUUAGGGGGUCUGAACUUCACAUUUCGGGUACCAAAAGAAAAUGCAUGUGACACAGUGCCAUUUGGUGUACCACAUAUUGUUUACUGUGUCACACUAGAAUGGUUUCAUGUAGAUGGUAAACGCAUACAGCAAUCCCAGCUGUGAAUUAGCAGCAUGCAUUUGUUCUCUGUGUUUUAACAAAGCUAAGAGGCAGUGGAAACUUGACCUAUAAGGUCUAGUGCUAGUAAACCAUACUUUCUGUAGCUAUCGGAUGACAUGUUGAAUUUAUUUUCCCUACAACAGUGGUGCUUUUUUGAAGUACACAGGUAAAGCAGUUCCUGUACCAUCUUAUGGCCUGCUGUCAGUCACAUGAAAUUUAGAGCGGAGCAAUGAAGUGUUGGCUGGACUGUUAGUACAUGGAUGUGAUAAUCUAUGUUAUUUAUUACAUAGGCUUGGAUCAUCAGGGUGGGAGAAAAUAAAGGUGCAUUUGACAAACAGAUUGGCAGGAUGUCUGUAUCAUAAUAUUACAAAAGCACAGAGCUGCCAAAAUGCAUUUGGGAUAUGGGGUAGUGCCUUUAGCUUAUAGAAAAUUAGGCUAGAGGCAGAUUUAGACAUUUAUUGUAUCUGGUUUUAUACUUGGGUGCUUGCUCUCUUGGAAUUUACCAGCUUAUUUAGGAAAUGUUUCCUUUAACAAAAAUUCCUGAUGUGAGAGAUAGCUUAAGAAAAUUAUAUUUUUGCUCCAUUUCUUAAACUUUGUUUGCCAUGUAAGCAUACAAGACACAUAAUUUGCAAGGUACAGGUGUAGUAGGCCUAGAGAUGUAAGAUACAGGGCAAAACUUGCAUUUUUGAACAGGGGAAAGAGAAUAGUGAAUUGUUACCAAAAAAUAAGUAAUGCUAAUCCCUACCCAUGGAAAAAGAGUAAAGAAGGCUCUGACAAAUACAAUGCUUAUUUAGUUUUCUUAUUAAGGCAAGUUUGCUGUUUGCAGAGGUUAAAUGUCAGCUGGGUGAAUGAGUUAAUAAAAGCUUUAUCCAAAUUCAAUAAUCAUAAAGUAUAUGGUCAGGCUGAAAGUUGUCCGAAUAUAGAAAUAACUCAAAAUAUAGACACAUGCGCUGAUGCAUUAGUUUUCAGAUGUACUAGUCAUUAUAACUGCAUACAGGUAUGUUGUAUAGUUUGGAUAGCUAUGUAGAAAGUUGUAAGGUCUUGUGCUUUCUAUGGGUAUCUUAACAUACAUAAAUUAUUAUCUCACUCUUAUGUUAGAAAACUAUGCUGCACCAGAGUUUUGUGACAUUUUUGUAAUAAUGAAGCUAAGCAGGCACCCAAUUAAAUGGGAUGUUCUUAAAUAUCAAGAGAAAGAUUUAAAGGAAUGUUAUCUAUCAAUGUGUAUAUAUUAAAAUAACAUUUAAAUGUACAAUUGUUUACAUAUUGUUUUCACUGAUCUGGCUAGGAGCUGAGUAGAAGCUAGGCAGCUUGCUGGAUUGUUGGAAGUCUGCUUAUAUGUUUAAAUAGAACUGUGAUGUCAACUGUGGGCAUUCAGUCUUGCCAAAUUGUCAUGGCAUUUUAUGUGUUGCACUGGGGUGUAGAGGAUUAAAGCUGUUGGCUGUUAAA